ACACCCUUCCUCGUCAAAGAAGACUCAACGCGCACGCACGCACGCACGCACACCACUCCAGGUCCGAAAUCCAAGUCCAGGAAGAAGGACCGUACGUCGAGAUGGCCGGCGUGGUGGUGGUGUUCGACUUCGACAAGACCAUCAUCGACGUCGACAGCGACAACUGGGUCGUCGACGGCCUCGGCGCCACCGACCUCUUCGACCGCCUGCUGCCCACCAUGCCGUGGAACACCCUCAUCGACACCGUCAUGGGGGAGCUGCACGCGCAGGGCAGGACCCUCCGCGACGUCGCCGACGUGCUCCGGGCCGCGCCCAUCAACCCGCGCGUCGUCUCCGCCAUCCGGGCCGCCUACAGCCUCGGCUGCGACCUCAGGGUCCUCAGCGACGCCAACCGCUUCUUCAUCGACAUCAUCCUCGACUACCACGGCCUCCGGGGCUGCUUCUCCGAGAUCAACACCAACCCCAGCCGCGUCGACGCCGACGGCCGCCUCCGCAUCGCGCCGCACCACGACUUCCACGCCGGCCCGCACGGCUGCGGCAUCGGCACCUGCCCGCCCAACAUGUGCAAGGGCCAGGUGCUCGACAGCAUCCGCGCCUCCGCCGCCGCGGCGGACGGCGCCAGGAAGCGCUUCAUCUACCUCGGCGACGGCCGCGGCGACUACUGCCCGUCGCUGCGGCUCGCCAGGGAGGACUUCAUGAUGCCGCGCAAGGGGUUCCCCGUGUGGGACCUCAUCUGCGAGAACCCGGGCCUGCUCCAGGCCGAGGUGCACCCGUGGAGCGACGGCAAGGACAUGGAGGAGACGCUGCUGCGGCUCAUCAGCCGGGUGCUCGUCGAGGAGAGCACGCUGCUGCCGCUCGACUGCAAGCUCGAGUCGCUGCCGGUGUCCGUCCAGGACGGCAUGCCCAUGCCGCUCGGCGUCAAGAACUGAUCCAUCCAUCCCUGCUCCAUUGCCAUUAAUUUGGGGAUCGAUACCUUGUUUUCUGAUUUGCUUGCCUGAUAUGCUGGUGUAGUACGUACUCCCUCCGUUCCAAAAUAGAUGACCCAAUUUUAUACUAAAGUUAGUAUAAAGUUGAGUCAUCUAUUUUGGAACGGAUGGAGUAUAAGUUUGGGUAAGGCGUCGGUGGAAACUAAUUAAGAUGAGGUGUUCGAGCGCCAAUGGCGAACUCGAUAGUAGUAGUAUUGACUAAAUUGUAUCCCAUCUAUCUAUUGAUUGACGGAAAGAAUACAUGAGUUGAUCCGACGAAUGUCAAUUUCAGCCGAUC